AUGGAGGCCCUCCGCCAGAUGGAGGAGAGCAGGACGACGACGCCUGUGGUUGGUCCUGAGCCACGACUUGCGGUCAGGGAGUGGAGCUUGGAGGACUUUUUGAAGCACCACCCGGCAAAGUUUGAUGGGAAGACUAGUCCUGACGCCGCAGACCAAUGGCUGAAGGACUUGGAGCGCAUCUAUGACGCCAAGAUGUGCCCUGCAGAGGACAGAUUGGCGUUCUUAGUUUAUAUGCUCACGGGAGAGGCAGAGCAUUGGUGGAGCAGUACCAGAUCCAUCCUGGAGGAGAGGGAUGACCCAGUGACAUGGGAAACCUUAAGGGAGAGAUUCCUCUCCGAGUACUUACCAGACAGCAUCCGAUACGCCAAGGAGGUGGAGUUCCUCCAGUUGACCCAGGGAGGGAAGAUUGUCACAGAUUAUGCUGAGAGGUUUAAACACCUCAGCCGUUUUUACACACUGCCGCUUGACGAGGAGUGGAGAUGCCGGAAGUUUGAGAACGGGCUUCGCGGUGACAUUCGCUUGAUGAUGGCACCCUUGUCCAUCAAGGAUUUUGCUGCUCUGGUAGAGAAGACCAGGGUAAUUGAGAAGACGAAGCGCGAGGUGGAAGGCCAGCGCCCACCGCAGCCACAGCCGCCUCAGACGAUUGGUGGACCAUCUGGGGAGGGUUACCGUUGGUGCAACAAUUGUGGCAAGGAAGGCCACUUUGGGAGAGAUUGUCCCAACCUUGCCAGGGCAGCGGCACGCCCUCUAGUUCAGGCACCCCAGCAGCAUCAGGGGAGGGACAGAGGCAACAGGCCUCAGGCGACGGGCAGAGUGUACGCCAUGUCAGGAGUUGAGGCAUCAGGCUCAGAGGAACCUGAGUUGGUGUCUUCCCAGGGUGUUAAGAGGGAACUACAGGACGACGCGCAUUGCUACAUGAUCUUCACACAUAUGGAGGUGGAGAGGGGAGAGACGACAUCGGUGAUACCAGUCGUCCAGGAUUUUGAGGAUGUGUUUCCGGAGGAGAUACCAGGGUUGCCUCCCAGUAGAGAGGUGGAGUUCUCUAUUGAUCUAGUCCUAGGAACGGGCCCGGUCUCGAUGGCCCCAUAUCGCAUGGCUCCGGCAGAGUUGUGUGUGGACUACAGGCAACUGAAUAAGAUGACUAUCAAGAACAAGUACCCACUCCCGAGGAUUGAUGACUUGAUGGAUCAGUUGAAUGGGUCAUCGAUGUUCUCGAAGAUAGAUCUGCGAUCGGGUUAUCAUCAGAUUUUGGUAAAGGCUGAUGAUGUACAGAAGACAGCCUUCAGGUCGAGGUAUGGCCACUAUGAGUAUGUGGUUAUGCCGUUCGGUGUGACCAACGCUUCAGCAGUGUUCAUGGACUACAUGAACAGGAUCUUCCGACCUUUCGUAGAUAUGUUUGUCGUGGUCUUCAUAGACGACAUCCUUAUCUACUCCAGGACUCAGGAGGAGCAUGCAGAACACCUGAGGUUGGUGCUCGGUGUUUUGAGAGAGAAGCAGUUGUAUGCUAAGUUGUCCAAGUGUGAGUUCGUCGAGGCAGUGGUAAAAUGGGAAAGUCCUAAAACAGCCACAGAGAUCAGGAGCUUUGUGGGGUUAGCAGGAUACUACAGGAGGUUCAUAGAGGGAUUCUCCAAGAUUGUGGCACCUUUGACUUUGCUUACCCAGAAGGACCAACCCUUCACCUGGACGGAUAAGUGUGAGGAGAGUUUUCAAGAACUAAAGAAGAGACUGACCAGUGCAUCGAUACUUGUGAUCCCGGAUGUCGGAAAGCCGUUUGAAGUUUACUGCGACGCGUCUCAUCUUGGACUUGGUUGCGUCUUGAUGCAGGAAAAGAAGGCAGUGACGUAUGCUUCACGACAGCUUAAGGUACAUGAGCGUAAUUACCCCACUCAUGACCUUGAGUUGGCAGCGAUAGUAUUUGCCUUGAAAAUCUGGAGGCACUAUCUUUAUGGUGCUCAAUUCCGAGUGUUCAGCGAUCAUAAGAGCCUCAAAGAGAGACAGUUGAUGGAUGCUAGUCUGAACAGAGUUAGAGAACAGCUUGGAUCAGACGAGGCUAGAGACUUUGCGGUGAGUGAUGAUGGCAUACUGAGGUUUCAAGGCAGAGAUGGGGAGGCAGUGUUGGUUGGACCGGAGUUGUUAGUACAGACCACCGAGAAGGUGUGUGGUAGACUGGUGUUGUGCGUGGAUGGAGAUCUAUCGUUGAUGGUGGCGAGACGUGUAGGUGGCGGCAACGUGAAGAAACUUGUUUUUGCGAUGGAUGUGUGUGGUGUUCACAUUUUCGUGUAUGAAGAACAUGGAGGUUCCAUGGUGGUGACACGAUUCACGAAUUGCUCUUACGAUGAAGGAGAAGAUUGCGGUGGCUGCGGAUCUUUGGUUGUGAGUUUCAGACAUGACGGACGGAGCUAUGGUGGAACCAUGGUGGCUGCCUAG